AUGGGUUACUCUGGAGUACGCCCAGGAUGGGACCAGAACAUUGCCCUGUUGGAUCCACCAUCCCUGGACAAUGCCACUCCCAACCGGUACCGGCAUUGCAAUGCGAUCAAUUGGGACCCUGUGCAUCUCUCCCCAAAUGGCAGGUGCGGUUGUGGCCUUGCUGAGCGGACAUGCCUUCCCUUUGAACUGCACCGGCCAGAGCCCAUGGCUAGCCGACCGCCUGCCAAAGCCAGUGUCAAGACGCAACGUUUGAAGCAGCGAAAAGGAACCCCUCUGGUUGGUUUCCAACGACAUCCAGCCUGUUCACUUGGAUUGUGUCACUGUUGCAGAACUGCCGACGCUUUGCUGAGGGAACAAAAAGCUGGGCUGCGCUCAUCAGUCAAAUGCCAAGCAAUCGAACCCCAGCCAGGGUGA